AUUUUUUAUUUUUUUUCCGUCAAACUUUUUUGAAACAAUUUCUUUAUUACAGCUUGAAAAAAAAAAAAAGUAAUAUUUAAGAGUUAGCUUUAUUGGUGUGAUAUUAUUGAUAUUGUAAAAAUUGCGAUAUAGAUAAAAGUUUUUUCGUACGCAUGUUUAAAAUGAGUCCUAGAUUGCCACCCGAAUGUCUUUUAUGUAUCUUUGAAAAUUUUGGUCCGAGAAACAAUGAUUGGACUGACAGUUUCAAAUCAUUAUAUGCUUGUAUCUUGGUGAAUCGCAAAUGGUGUGAGGUCGGGCUUACUAUACUAUGGAGAGAGCCAAUUGAAUGGUUACAUUCUAAAGAACGAAAUAGAAGUCGACUCGUAUCAUUAAUGACCGUUUAUAUUUCUUGCUUGCCAGAUGACUCAAAAUUGCAAAUAUUGAAUAGUGCAUUACAAUUACCCGAUUCAACAUUGAAAUCGGCGUCUAUUGAUUAUUCAUCAUUAAUGAAAGGUUUUGAUUACCAAUCUUUAUAUAAUGCGAUUGGUUUUUGGUUAUCAAAAAAUUAUAAUCAACAAAAAAAUAUGGCAACAAAUGAAAUAAAAUUUCAUCAAUUACAAUUCAUGAAUCUUGUUUGCAAAUUAUUUAUGAAUAAAUGUAAAAAUUUAAGAAGAUUUAGUAUAUUUAUGAAAGCUGGAAUCAAAGAUGAAAUUUUACAUCUUCCUCUUCUAUUAGGAGCCGAAGAAUGUUUAUCCAACAUCACAGAAUUUUCAUGUAAAGGAUGCCUUUCCUCAGAAUUUAUGUACCUCGCAUCUCAAUCGUGCAGGAACAUCAAAAGAUUUAAUAUAGAAUGUUGUUGUACGGACAAUGGAGGAUUGAUUAGACUUAUUGAAGUACAAAAAGUUCCCUUGGAUUGUAUUUUGAUAAAUAUGAAAAACAAUAACAUCCCUCUUCUUGAAGAUGUUAUUAGGAAAAGAUCACAUUCUGUUACUGAAAUACGAUUAUUUGGAUUAGAUUAUUCAUUAGAUUUCUUUAAAGAGAGUAAGAAUCUUGAAAAGAUAAAAGUAUUUCCCACCAUGCAUAUCGAUGAAUCGAUUUGGGAAAAUUUUAUUCAUUGUUCAUUUCCAAAACUUAGGGAAUUAAGAAUUCGUCCAAAAUAUUGUUCUUUAUUACAAUUGGGUGCCUUGAUUAAAAAUACUCAUGGAAGUUUGGAAUAUUUGGAAAUUAAUUUUGCUGAUUCAAUUAACGUAGAGGAAUUUCCUGCGUUUACUGAAAUAUUAAUUAAUAAUUGUAAGAAUCUUUAUUAUUAUAAUGGUCCAUUUCAUAUUGAAGGAUUUGAAAUGUUACAAUCAUUUUUUCAAAAAUGUCCAAAACUCGAGUAUUUAAUUAUACGCAAUUCAAAAUCUGAUGUUGAAUACGUUAAAAAUGGAGUUGAUAUUAGCAAUUUAUUACAACAAUCUGGAUCAUUUAUUCCAAUCAAUUUAACAAAGUUUCAGAUUAUAGGUAAUUUUAUUAUUUCAGUUGAAGCUUUAAAAAUCUUUUUACAAGAAUGUUCUAUUAGAUUGCUUAAAGUUUUAGAAUUUAAAUUUACGCCACAAUCUCUAGAUAUUGAAUUAGUAAUGGAAAAUUUUGCAAAUCAAAAUGUUAUAAAAUCAAAUUAUAACAAAUACGAAUUAUGUGAAAAUCCUUUAGAAUUUAUACAAGAAUGA